CGUUUAGUGUGCAUAAUAAAAACAAGAAAAGAAAAAUUUAUAUCCAAAAUAAUUAGUAAACUAGUAUCGUUUAUUUAAUUGUUCUAUUAAUGAUGAAUAUGAAUCUAGAACAAGAAGAUCGUUUAGAUAUUCGUGAAGGUAAUUUCGAAAACAAACCCGAUCUUAUUUCUGAACAAACCUAUAAAGACGAAGAUGUUGACGAUGUUUUUGAUGAGUUUGAAACCAAUACUCCUGGACAAAAUGUUGAAAUUAAAGAAGAAAUUAUAGAUUGUGAAGAGGCUAAAAUAGAACAACGUUCGGAUUUGCCGCCAAAAAUUAAUAGUGAUUCUUCGCCCGGAAAGAAAGUGGGAUUUUGUGCUAUAACUAUUAAAAGAGAACUCGAGGACAUUAGUGAAGUUAAAGCUACGGAUACCAGAAAUAUCAAGGAAUAUAUUGAUGAAUAUAUUCAGUCUAAAGUUGAACUUUUAACUACACAUUGUGAUUUACCGACUUUGAAAAAUGAAAAUACUGAAUAUCAAGAAAGUUUGAUAGAGUUGUGUGACAGUGAAGAAAAUGAAAGGACACCAAAUACGUUAAAAAACAACCCAAAUGUUACUAACAUAAAAAAGAGAAGAAAGCAGUAUCGUUCUCAAAAAGGCAAUGGGCAAAUAUACUUUCAGCAAGGCGGAGCUCCCCCUCAUUACUGUUUAGAAGUAAGGCAAUAUUUAAAUACCGUUUUUCCAGGACAAUGGAUAGGUCGUAGGGGUCCUGUUGAAUGGCCAGGCCGCUCCCCAGACUUGACCCCACUGGAUUUCUUUUUAUGGGGACAUUUGAAGUCUGUUGUUUACAGGACACCACCACAAUCCAUUGAUGAUUUGCGUAAUAGAAUCAUAGAGGAAUGUAGAGAUUUAACACCACAUGUCUUUGAAAAUAUUCGGAACGCUUUCGAGAAUAGACUGUACUAUUGUUUAAAUGUAAACGGUGAACAUUUUGAACAUUUGAUUUAUCUAAAAAAAUAAAAUGAGUCCUUACUUUAGUUUAUAAAGCGAAAUUUUGUUGUCUAUAAGAAU